AUGUCGAAGAAAAAGGUUACAAAUUUAAAAGAUAGCGUAACAAAUUGCUAUUUCUGGCACGAGGGUCUUGGCAAUAGAGGAGCUAUAGAAAUUGGUUCUUGUGUGUUCAAAUUUCUGAAAGAGACUGCAGAACGUUAUGCCAAUAGCAAUAUAAUAUUUUAUUCUGACAACUGCUGUGGUCAACAAAAAAAUAGAUUCCUGCUUGGCAUGUAUUACUAUGCGGUUGAAUCUCUUCCAAUAAAUUCAAUCACACAUAACACCAAGAAAACUGGAAAUGCUUUUGUAGUAAACGAGCUUAACUAUGACGAUUAUUAUGAUUUAAAAAAGCUAUUUGAAGAUAUUACACUAAAUGUUAACAAAGAUCCGCAAGGUAAUCAGAUCAACUAUCUGAAAUAA